CAGGCAGACUCGGACAGAUAUAGUACAUUCACAAUGUUGCUUGCACCUGUUUUAUUUCUGUUUGCAUCUUCCACGAAGAUUGUCUCUGGGGCAGAUUGGUGCUAUCAGUCCCAAGUUACAUGCAAUCACACCUGCACAGGCCCAGAAGUAUGGGGAGUAGUUUCACAGCACUGCAACGGCAGAUCUCAGUCUCCAGUGAACAUCGUUACAAGGAGAUUGCUACCUGAUGAACGUCUCAAUUCUUUUCAAUUCAUUGGAUAUCAAGAAGCUUUUCAUGGUCGCCUCAUAAACAAUGGUCACAGUGUUCAACUGGAUUUACCCUCCAGUAUAAGGAUCAAAGGAGGAAAUCUAUCUGCACAAUACAAGGCAGUUCAACUUCACCUGCAUUGGGGCAAAGAUGGAGUACUGGGGUCUGAACACACAAUUGAUGGAGAACAAUUUCCAAUGGAGAUGCAUAUUGUCCACAUAAAAGAUGAAUACAACUCUUUAGCCGAGGCUGGAGGAGACCGUGCAGGCGUGGCCGUUCUUGGAUUUUUCUUUGAGGAGUCCAAGUCUGCAAAUAAGAAAUUCAAUCCUCUUAUUAUUGCUCUGAAAAACAUCACACAACCCACCAACAGCACGACACUGAAGGGUGUGUCCCUGGAAAUGUUCAUACCUCCUCAGAAGAAUAUGACCAAGUACUUUCGCUACGAUGGCUCGCUCACUACACCCAACUGUGCUGAAUCUGUCGUCUGGAGCCUGUUUGAAAACACAGUUCCUCUUAGCAGGAAGCAGCUCGCUGCAUUGUCCCAGCUUCAGUCUUCUAGUGGAAAGCAGAUGGUCAAAACCUACAGACCAGUGCAGCCCUUGAAUGGACGGCAGGUGUAUUACUCCGGAGGUCAUGUUGCUCUGGUUAGCUCUGUGUUAUACAUCAUGUCAGUGCUGGUAUCCAGUACACUCUCCCAUUAUGAAUAAAUACCGCUACGUCCACUGAUGAUAGUC